CUUCUGCCCUGCUUGGAUGGCUGUCUGCUCUUUUCCUUUCCACGGUUCUUGACCUUCACACUGGCGUGAAGUCAACACAACACCAUCGCACGCCCUCUGACAGCCAUUGACAACUGAGCACGAUGUUUCUAUCCGUCCUUUUCACGCCAUGGGCGCUGGUCGUGCUGCCAGUGCUGUACUUUGUGUUGCCAUUUCUCCGGAACUGGUCAAUUAUGGAUGUUCCCGGUCCAUUCCUGGCAAAAUUCACGACUCUCUGGUACAUGUACGAAUGCCGGCGGUGUCGCAGAUAUCUCACCGUUCACAAACUGCAUGAGAAAUACGGCAAAUUCAUUCGAGUCCAGCCAAAUCAUGUUUCCAUCGCGGAUCCAGAGGCGAUUCCCAUUGUAUACGGCCACGGCACUGGAACUCUCAAAUCGGAGUACUACGAUGCCUUUGUCUCGAUCCAGCGUGGUCUGUUCAACACCCGCAACCGAGCCGAGCACACCCGGAAGCGAAAGACUGUUUCUCACACGUUCAGCGCGAAAAGUGUUGGCCAAUUUGAGCAGUACAUCCACCACAACCUCGAACUUCUCGCGAAGAGGUGGGACGAGCUCAGUGAGAAGAGCUCCGGUGGAUAUGCUCGAUUCGACGCCCUCCACUGGUUCAACUAUGUCGCUUUUGACAUCAUUGGAGAUCUAGCGUUCGGUGCUCCGUUUGGCAUGCUUGAGAGAGGUGCUGAUAUGGCAGAAGUCCAGCUCACACCUGAUGGGCCUCCAACUUAUGCCCCGGCGAUUGAGGUCUUGAACCGCAGGGGAGAGGUUUCGAAUGCCGUCGGAUGCUGGCCGCAGAUUAAGCCAUAUGCCAAGUACCUUCCGGAUCCGUUCUUCAGCAAAGGAAUGGCGGCUAUUGCGAACUUGGCUGGUAUUGCUACAGCGCGUGUGAACGCUCGACUGGCUGCGGCGGAGAAGGGCGAGAUCAACCGUGUGGAUCUCCUGGCACGAUUAAUGGAGGGCAAGGAUGAGAAUGGCGAAAAGCUCGGCCGUGCUGAGCUGACGGCAGAGGCUCUCACUCAGCUCAUCGCUGGCUCAGACACAACGUCCAACACUUCCUGCGCACUACUUUACCACUGUCUUACCAAGCCGAACGUCGUCAAGAAGCUCCAGGCUGAGCUCGAUGAAGCUCUCCCGAGCAAUGAUGUCCCCACCUUCGACCAGGUCAAGGACUUGAAGUACCUCGACAUGGUCAUCCAGGAGACGCUUCGCAUUCACUCCACCAGUAGCCAGGGGCUUCCUCGACAGAUUCCGGCGGGUGAUGGUCUUGAUGUUGCUGGACGCCACUUCCCACAGGGUACUGUUCUCAGUGUUCCGGCGUAUGUCAUGCAUCAUAGCAAGGAGAUCUGGGGUCCGGAUGCGGAUGAAUUUCGUCCAGAAAGGUGGGAGAAGGUUACCGAGAGGCAGAAGUCUGCAUUCAUUCCUUUCUCCUAUGGUCCUCGUGCUUGUGUCGGCCGCAAUGUGGCUGAAAUGGAAUUGGCACUCAUCGUUUCGACUGUCUUCCGGAGAUAUGAGUUUGAAUUGCAUCAGGACGAGCUGGAGACGCGCGAGGGAUUCUUGAGGAAGCCGCUUGGCUUGGAGGUUGGCAUGCGGAAGCGAGACCAUUGAGUGAUGCCCUGCAACUACUCAACCUCCCUUUCUGCUCAAGCUGCUCAGUCCAAGCCAUCGGGCGGAACUCAUGCGGCGAUGAUUGCUCAGAACCCAAGGUAUCUGAGCGGGAGAGUUGGGCAUUGGGCGCCGUGCCGUGUCACUCUACAAGGCAGACACUCCACACUCAUCUGCACAUCAACUUAGCAUGAAAUGUAUGCUUACCUGUACGAC